UCCAAAACAAUGUUUUCAUUUCAUUUGAUAUGUGGUCCCAAGCUAUGUCUGGUUUUGUAUGCAGAUUCACUAGUGAUAUUAAUGUGUAUUCAUGUUCUGGAAACUCCACUUGUGAGUGGUUGUACCAUUUCAGACUAGGAAAAGGUUACAGACUAGGAAGAGGUUUCCUCCCAGUAUGUAUUGUGAAACUUAAUGAGUGUAAAGCAGUUGGUGAGUGCCAGAUGAAAGGCACCAUAGUGGGUAAGUACCCAAAAAAAUUAUACAAGCAUUGCACAAUAUGUCAUCUCAGCUGCUUUUGCUGAUGAAAUUGCAGGUAAUUAUCCCUUAUUGUGGAGUUCCUCUGGAGAAAGGUCUAAAGUAGGAUUGGUCUUACCUAGAACCUGGAACUGUAUCUCAGUGAAACUUGUUUGUUUGGCUAGAAAUUACUUUUUAAUUCCAACUCCAGAGGGUAAACAAAGGUUUCUGAUAACAACUAAAUGAGCUAAGUAACAAUUGAGGCAUUAAAUAUAUGCACAGUUUACAUUUUAAAACUUUAUUUCCAGAUGUGCUCAAGACAGUGAGGGUAGAUAACGUUUAUCUGUAGGGUGAGUUCUAAUCAACUGAUUAUGCUUGUAAGGAGGGCAAUGAUGAAUAGGAUUCUGAGCCCACAGCAAGGGUCUUCAGGAAAAAGCAAGAUGAGAAAUUCGCCUGACUUUUAUGGCAGUGAAAACGGAGAGCUGUAGCAAAAGUGUGUCGCAAAGUUCAUGCCUGGUGUAAGCCAUAAUUAUUACAGUUAAGGCGGAGGAGAAUAAUGAUAUUCUCACACAUAUUGAGGAAAAUGCCUAGGGAAAAGGGGCACCCAGUCCUUCCCAAUCAUGUUCACUUCUCUAACUACAAACAUAAAAUAGAUUUAGUUGGAUUGUUCCCUAAAAAGUGGCUUAUCUGAAAAUAAACGAUUGAAUUCUAUUAAGCCACUGUUUGGUCACUAGCUGUUUGAUUAAAUUUAAACUGCUUUUCUUCAUAACACAGAAGAGACAGCUUAAAUAUCUUUUGAGACAAUAUUUUUUAGGGGUUGGUUUAAUUUCUAAUCUAACUCUGAAGGGGCCUUUGGGCUUCAGAAAAUUUAAAACUACAGAAUUACCUUGUUCUUUCCUGGGGUCAAUUAACUGGGCAGAUUCUUUGCAUUCCAUUUGAAGCUUACUAGCUCUUGCAUUUUAGCUAAAGUUUCAUUUUCUCACUCAGCAGUUGAAAACCUAUCUCCUUGUGCAACAGAAGCCAAGUAAGAACCUUGGGCACAUUGAGCUGAACGGACCUUGGCACCAUCCCCAAAUGCUGAUGUGCAGAAGAUCCCAGUUUCACUCUUCUCCCUUUCAUAAUCCCUGAAAGGAAGUGUAGGAGGUAUGCCAAGUUGUUAUUCAACUCUAGUACUUAAUCAAGCAUUACCUGGGCACUUCUGAAACUUUCCAGCCUCUAAAAUGAGAGUAAAAGCAGAGAGAACACAGAGUGGAAACUACUUAAUCGAGAAGGCUCCCAGGAAAAGUGGGGAUCACAUGGCCAUUCUCAGGCCCCAGUUCCUCUCCAAACUCCUGAAGGUCAGCAAGAAACCGAAUCUCAGUCAUGAUCAUUAUUUUUAAUGUAACACCUCAUCGCUUUCUCAGGGAUCCCGAUAUAUACUAAUUCACUUGUGUUAAGUGGGACUUUCUAAAAACCCAAUUUCAGUGUACCUCAGAACAGAUGACUCACUGCUGAUCCCGCUACAUUUUCUCUACUUAGGCUUUAAGCAUACAAAUAGGGCAACUUACUAGAGUACAGAAAAAUUGUUUAUGAUUUAAGAGAAUGUGGAGCUGGCAUACAGCAACAAGUGCAGGGAAUGACUUGUUUGCUUUCCUCACCUGCAAGAAGGAGGGGACUCAGCACAUGUCAUAAAUGCCUGGUAUACCAGAUGACUUUGCCAAAUUCUUUCUCCUUUUUAAACUUAGGAGAAAAAAAAUGGAUGCCUCGUUUUUUGCUACCGCUGAUGAGAGUUCUCCCGUGCCCCAGAGUUAAAACGAUCAACCUAUGAAAAUUGGAGGGUUGGGCUUUUGUUGUUGUUGUUAAAGGCCUGAAUGAGAUGAUAUCUUAAUGCUUACAGCUGAGAAGCAGGUCAGUCAGGUUCCUGGGCGCUCUGUUACACAAGCAAGAUACAGCCAGCCCCACCUAAUUUUGUUUCCCUGGCACUCUGUUGCUGAGUGCCACAUUGUCACACUUAACCCAUCUGUUUUCUCUAAUGCACAACAGAUUCAUUUCAAACAGGACAGCUGUGAUAUUUCAGUUCCUGAUUGUAAACACCUCCUAGACCUGAAGAUUCCUUUAAAAAGAAACCCAGUAUCAAAGAAGGCUACAAUGUGCAUCUUAGCCAAAAUUCUGUUGAUUUCAACUUUGUUUUAUUCACUUCUAUUGGGGAGCCAUGGAGAAGAAAAUCAAGAAAAAAGCACAGCACAAAGCAUUGCAGAAGCUUUUAAAACCAUAGAAAAUAAACCUAUUUCUUUGGAAAGUAAAGCAAACUUAAACUCAGAAAAAGAAAAUAGGACCACCUCAGAUCUCAAGGCAAGUCAUUCCUCUCCUUUGAAUCUAUCAAACAAAAGCCAUGGAAUCACAGAUUCAUCCAGUAACUUGUCAGCAGAAUAUUCUUCUGGCAGUGUAAAACCCACAUCCACCAUUUCUGCAAGUCCUCCUUUGAUCCAUAGCUUUGUUUCUAAAUUGCCCUGGAAUGCAUCUAUAGUAGAUGAAGAUCCUUUGCCCUUCUCAGCACAUCCCAAUGCUACACCUGCUCUAUCUUCAGAAAAAUUCACGUGGUCUUUGAUCAGUGCCACCACAAAAACUCCCGAUAACAGUUCCAUUACAGUAAGCAUCCUCUCUUCAGAACCAGCUUCUACAUCUGUGAACCCCUUGAUAGUGGAACCAAGUGGAUGGCUUACCACAAACAGCGAUAGCUUUGCUGGGUUUACCCCCUAUCAAGAAAAAACAACUCUACAACCUACCUUAAAAUUCACCAAUAAUUCAAAACUCUUUCCAAAUACAUCAGAUCCCCAAAAAGAAAAUAGAAAUACAGGAAUAGUAUUCGGGGCCAUUUUAGGUGCUAUUCUGGGUGUCUCAUUGCUUACUCUUGUUGGCUACUUGUUGUGUGGAAAAAGGAAAACGGAUUCAUUUUCUCAUCGGCGACUUUAUGACGACAGAAAUGAACCAGUUCUGCGAUUAGACAAUGCACCGGAACCUUAUGACGUGAGUUUUGGGAAUACUAGUUACUACAAUUCAACUUUGAAUGAUUCAGCCAUGCCAAAAAGUCAAGAAAAUGCACAUGACGGCAUUCCAAUGGAUGACAUACCUCCACUUCGUACUUCAGUAUAAAACUAACAGGAAAAAGGCGUCAAACAGCAAGUGUCAUCUACAUCCUGGCCUUUUGACAAAUUUAUCUUUUAAAAAGUUACACAAGAUUACUGUCAUGUGGAUUUUGCCAAGGAGAAUCAUAAAAGCAAGAGACCAGUAGCAAAGAAAUGUAGACAGGAAGUAUCAUCCAAAAGUUUCUUACAAUUUUUGGCCAUCCUGAAGCAUUUUGUAGCCUUAGUUUGUAUUUUAGUAUUAUUUUCCUAUUAGAAAAUAUUUGUGAGAUCAGGUAAAACUAAAAAAUAUUUCACCAUUAUAGCCCUGCCUGAUAACUUAAUAAUAAAAAUUAUUCUACAAAAAAUUUAUAAAACUACAUUUAUUUUGGACAAAAAAAAAAAAAUGAAGUUGACUCUUUACUGCUCUGCCUGAGGCCCUAGUGCCAUAAUUCAGGAUUGGAUUUUCUUAAAGGAAAAUUGAAAGGGUGUUUUUUUUUGUUGUUUGUUUGUUUUUUUAAUUUUGACCUAAAGCUAAAAAGAGGACAGCCCAGGGUUUCUAUUACUGGGAAAUUGAGGCAAUAGAAAUGAGAGACCUGUAUUCUAGUACAUUAUGAUUUUCUCAAUCAGCAUGCAUAUGAUCAGCCCCUCGAGCUGCCAAGCUGAUAAUGACAACAUUCAAUAGGGCCAUGGCAAGAAAGCUGACCCAGGAAAGUAAUAGCUUCUUUAAAAGUCUUCAAACAUCUGGGAAUUUUAACUUAAUACACCUUAGGCUUCAAUUAUUUGGGUGCCUUAAAAACUCAGUGAGAAUCAUGGUAAAGAAAAAAAAAAGUUAACCAAAGAAUAUACCUGUACAUAAUUUGUACAGUUUUAAGUUGUUAGAUGGGAACAGAGUUUCUUAUAUAUUAUACAUUAUUGUUCAAUCAUAUAUGUAAUAGAUUCUGCAUCUCUAAAUGUACGAAGCAUAAGGUUAAAAAAAGAUGAAUGGAAGUAUCAAACACACAACUUUUUGCUGAGCAUCACUUUCACAAGCCAUAAUAUAACCUUAAUUUGGAGACUAGUAUGUUUCAGUUUGUUUUUAAUUAACACCUACCUUUGGUAGGAAAAAUAUGUUCCUUAUGUAGGAAAGUCUAGGUUUUAGAGAUUAGAGGAUGAGAUCAAGAGUUAAAUUCCCAAAGAAGUGAAUGUAUGGAGAGGGCAAACAAAGCAAGUACCAACCUAGAGGCUUUAAUGUUGAAUUGAUUCAUUGUGUGUGUGUGUGUGUGUGUGUGUGCAUGCGCGCGUGUGCACACGGACAGAAACACAGAAACAGCUUCAGAAAAUAAGGGCUAGAAAGUAAUGAAGAAUGUACUUACCCCAUAUUGCCAUAAAAAUAGCAAAGAAGACUGUCCCACCAUUAUCAAACAAAUAUGUCACCUGAAUAGAAAACAGAAAUAUCAGUCAUGUAAAUUGAUAAAAUAAUCCAGUGAAUACUGUUUGCACUCAGGUACUAUGAUUUUUUCCCCACACAGGAUCAUAUUAUUGUAUAGUAUGGAAAUAUUAUAUAUGAAAUCCUUUCAUGGGUCCUGCAACUAUUUCACGUGAUUUUUCUCAUGGGGAGGGGUGAAGAAAAAUUAGCCUUCUUUUCUCCUCUCUUGAUUCCCUUUAUAACCCACCUUCGUUUCCAAUUAUAAAUGAUUCUACCACCCUGUGGAAGUAUUUGUACAUCAUGGAUUGCCAAACUACAAUGAAAGUUGUAUGAAACUAGUUUUCAGGUGAGGCAUUCGUAGUUACAAUUCCUGUUAGCAAAACUUCUAGAAGUAGGGAAGUUGAAUAGCUUACCCUAUUCUCUCAUAUCUUUCAAAAUGUAGGAUGGGUCCAAUAGUGGCUAUAAGAUGUAAUCAAUCCUAUCUUAAUUUGUUUUAAAAGUUUCAUAAAUCACUGGACACUUAUGAAACCAAGUGCUUUUUAAUCAGAUAUUAACUGAAACUUCCUAAAGAAGGAGGCAUAGUUUUAUAAUGUUAUUGAAUACAAUUUUAAGGCUGGUAAGUGUUGUUUGAUUUUAAUCAAGUAUUAGUUCAAU